GGCCCCAGACCUCUCGCCCUGGAGCUGGGCUGGGACGAAAGAGGGCCGCCUUCCACUGGCAAGUAGGUCCAGUUCCCAGGCCGGGCACAAGGGACCUCUGCCUGGGGAGCUAGCAGUUGACGCCUGGGAGCUCCAGGGCGGCGAUGAUCACCUAGGAGGCGGCGGCGGCCAUGGAGCCCGCGGGGCGCAGGCGGCGGCGGCGGCGGCGGCGCGGGGACGGCGGGGCGCGCACCGUGCGCUCGGGGCUGCACCCCGGGCUCCCCGCGCUCGGCUCCCGGGGCGCGCGGCUCGGGCUCCACGGCGGCUGCGCCCCGCCCGCCGCCGACAACCGGCUCAAGACCACCAAGUACACGCUGCUGUCCUUCGUGCCCAAGAACCUGUUCGAGCAGUUCCACCGCCUGGCCAACGUGUACUUCGUGCUCAUCGCGCUGCUCAACUUCGCGCCCGCCGUGAACGCCUUCCAGCCGGGCCUGGCGCUGGCGCCCGUGCUCUUCAUCCUGGCGGUGACUGCGCUCAAGGACCUGUGGGAGGACUACAGUCGCCACCGCUCGGACCUGGCCAUCAACCACCGGGGCUGCCUGGUCUUCAGCCGGGAAGAAAAGAAGUACGUGCACCGAUUCUGGAAGGAAAUCCACGUGGGCGACUUCGUGCGCCUACACUGUAACGAGAUCAUCCCCGCGGACGUCCUGCUGCUCUCCUCCAGCGACCCUGACGGGCUGUGCCACAUCGAGACCGCCAACCUGGACGGGGAGACCAACCUGAAGCGGCGCCAGGUGGUGCGGGGCUUCUCGGAGCUCGUCUCCGAAUUCAACCCUUUGACAUUCACCAGCAUAAUUGAGUGUGAGAAGCCGAACAAUGACCUGAGUCGGUUUCGUGGCUGCAUCAUCCACAGCAACGGAGAGAAGGCCGGACUGCACAAGGAGAACCUGCUGCUUCGCGGCUGCACCAUCAGGAACACAGAGGCAGUGGUGGGCAUCGUCAUCUAUGCAGGACAUGAAACCAAGGCUCUGCUGAACAACAGCGGGCCCCGCUACAAGCGCAGUCAGCUUGAGAGGCAGAUGAACUGCGACGUGCUCUGGUGUGUCCUUCUCCUCAUUUGUAUGUCUCUGUUUUCAGCGGUCGGACACGGCUUGUGGGUACGGCGCUACCAAGAAAAGAAAGCACUAUUUGACGUCCCCGAGGCUGAUGGCAGCUCCUUGUCCCCAGUCACAGCUGCAGUGUACUCAUUUUUGACAAUGAUAAUAGUUCUGCAGGUUUUGAUCCCAAUUUCCUUGUACGUCUCCAUUGAGAUCGUUAAAGUGUGCCAAGUGUACUUCAUUAACCAGGACUUGGACUUGUAUGACGAGGAAACAGACUCCCAGCUGCAGUGCCGUGCUCUGAACAUCACCGAAGACCUGGGGCAGAUUCAGUACAUCUUCUCCGACAAAACCGGCACUUUAACUGAGAACAAGAUGGUUUUCCGAAGGUGCACUGUAUCUGGGGUAGAAUAUUCUCACGAUGCAAAUGCCCAGCGCCUGGCCAGGUACCAGGAAGCAGACUCGGAGGAGGAGGAAGUGGUGCCCAAGCGGGGAUCAUGGUCUCAGCGCGGCAGCAUCGGGAGCCACCAGGGCGUUCGAAUGAUGCACAGGACACAGAGCACCAAGUCCCACCGGCGUACAGGGAGCCGGGCAGAGGCUAAGCGGGCCAGCAUGCUGUCCAGACACACGGCCUUCAGCAGCCCCAUGGAGAAGGACAUCACACCCGACCCAAAGCUGCUGGAGAAGGUCAGCGAGUGUGACAAGGGCCUGGCCAUCUCGAGGCACCAGGAGCAGCCCCUGGCCCACCUCUCGCCCGAGCUGUCGGACAUCUUCGAUUUCUUCAUUGCACUAACCAUCUGCAACACCGUGGUGGUCACAUCCCCAGAUCAGCCACGACAAAAGCAGGUGAGGGUAAGGUUUGAGCUGAAGUCCCCCGUGAAGACGAUAGAAGACUUCCUGAGGCGGUUCACGCCCAGCCGUCUGACCUCCGUCUGCAGCAGCACAGGCAGCCUGGCCACCAACAAGUCCAACCACAAAUCGGGAUCCAGCCUGCUGUCCAACCUUUCCAACGACAGUGUGUUUCUCAAGCUGGAGGAGCGGCUGGGCCAGCCUGCCCCAUCCUUAGCCAGCAAUGGCUACAGCAGCCAGGCUGAGAGCUGGGCCUCAGAGCGAAAGCCAGAGCCAGGCCAGGAGCAGGAGCUGCGCUACGAGGCUGAGAGUCCAGACGAGGCAGCGCUGGUCUACGCCGCCAGGGCCUACAACUGUGCGCUGGUGGACCGGCUGCCAGACCAGGUCUCCGUGGAGCUGCCCCACCUGGGCAGGCUCACCUUCGAGCUCCUGCACACACUGGGCUUUGACUCCAUCCGCAAGAGGAUGUCGGUGGUGAUCCGGCACCCACUCACUGACGAGAUCAACGUCUACACCAAGGGCGCCGACUCGGUGGUCAUGGACCUGCUGCUGCCCUGUUCCUCAGAGGACGCCAGAGGGCGGCAUCAGAAGAGGAUCCGCAGCAAGACGCAGAGCUUCCUCAACCUGUACGCCGUGGAGGGCCUGCGCACGCUGUGCAUCGCCAAGAGGGUUCUGAGCAAAGAGGAGUACGCCUGCUGGUUGCAAGGUCACUUGGAAGCGGAGUCCUCCCUGGACAACCGCGAGGAGCUCCUCUUCCAGUCCGCCCUUCGCCUGGAGACCAACCUGCACUUGCUGGGUGCCACUGGGAUUGAAGACCGCUUGCAGGAUGGAGUCCCCGAAACCAUCUCUAAACUGCGACAGGCAGGCCUGCAGAUCUGGGUUCUCACCGGUGACAAGCAAGAGACAGCCAUUAACAUCGCCCACGCCUGCAAACUGCUGGACCAUGACGAGGAGAUCAUCACCCUGAACGCCGAGUCUCAGGAAGCAUGUGCAGCCCUGCUUGAACAGUGCCUGCAGUAUGUACAGUCCAGGGGGCCCCACAGCACCCCCAAGAAGACCGAAGGCAACGUCAGUGUGGGCUUCUUCCCUCUGUGCUCGGCCCCGCCCCAGUCCACUGCCCGGGGCCCCAGCCUGAGCCUAGUGAUCGAUGGGAGGAGCCUGGCCUACGCCCUGGAAAAGAACCUGGAGGACAAGUUCCUCUUCCUGGCCAAGCAGUGCCGCUCUGUCCUCUGCUGUCGCUCGACCCCGCUGCAGAAGAGCAUGGUGGUGAAGCUGGUGCGGAGCAAGCUCAAAGCCAUGACCCUGGCCAUAGGUGACGGAGCCAACGAUGUCAGCAUGAUCCAAGUGGCAGAUGUGGGCGUGGGCAUCUCAGGCCAAGAGGGCAUGCAGGCAGUGAUGGCCAGUGACUUCGCGGUGCCCAAGUUCCGGUACCUGGAAAGACUCCUAAUCGUCCACGGACACUGGUGCUACUCGCGACUGGCCAACAUGGUGCUCUACUUCUUCUACAAGAACACCAUGUUCGUGGGCCUCCUGUUCUGGUUCCAGUUUUACUGUGGCUUCUCGGCGUCUGCCAUGAUCGAUCAGUGGUACCUGAUCUUCUUCAACCUGCUCUUCUCGUCGCUUCCUCAACUCGUGACCGGGGUGCUGGACAAGGACGUGUCGGCGGACACACUGCUGCUGGAGCCGCAGCUCUACAAGAGUGGCCAGAAAAUGGAGGAGUAUCGGCCGCGGGCCUUCUGGUUAAACAUGGUUGAUGCCGCCUUCCAGAGCUUGGUCUGCUUCUUCAUCCCUUAUAUGGCCUACUAUGACUCGGACGUGGACAUGUUCACCUGGGGCACCCCCAUCACGGCCAUCGCGCUGCUCACCUUCCUCCUGCACCUGGGUAUUGAAACCAAAACCUGGACCUGGCUCAACUGGGUAGCAUGUGGCUUCAGCAUCCUUUUGUUCUUGACGGUGGCUUUGAUCUACAAUUCUGCCUGUGCAACCUGCUAUCCUCCAUCUAACCCAUACUGGACCAUGCAGACAUUACUGGGAGACCCCGUGUUUUACCUGAUCUGCCUCAUAACGCCUGUCACUGCACUGCUGCCCAGGUGGGUGUCAGAGACAGCAUCCCCGAGUCCUGGAUUGUUCUUCAGAGCCCUCCAGGGGAGCCUGUUCCCCACCCAGCUGCAGCUGGGACGCCAGCUGGCCAAGAAAUGUCGCAAGACACUCCAGACUCCCAAAGAGCGCUUUGCUCAGGGACACCUCCCCCAAGAGCUGAAGGCCGAGCUUUCCCAAGGGGGCACUGGGAGCCCCUCUGAGUCCCUCUCCAAGGACUGUGCCUUGCAAACUUCCCAGCACCUGCAGCAGCCGCCAGUCUGCUCCCCUGAGGCCAGCGGGGAGCCCAGCACUGUGGACACAAGCGUGCCGCUCCGAGAGAACAGCCCAAGGGGGUCCCCGGGGUCCUCCAUACCAGGGGCGGCCGUAUCUGGAGAGUGUCCUGGGCAUCUGCGGAGGAAGUCGCUCAGCACGAGCCGGGCAGCCCCCCUGCAGUCCCUCUUCAGCUUGCCCAACUUCAGCUCGCUUGGCUGUGUGUCCUCCCUGUCGCUGGUCAGCGGGCUGGGCAGUGUCCUUCGGUUCUCCAGUAGUAGUUUACAUGUGGACAAACGGGACAGUGAGUUCCUGUCCAGCUCCCCACAGCCAGAGCAGGACCUGUCUGGCUUACAGAGGCAGGCUACAGGCUACGUCUAGGUCACCCGAAGGGACGCCGAGGCCUGUGGCCUGUGUGGACCCGGAAACGUCCUUUGCUAUAUAUAUAACAUAGGUGUUAAUAUUAUUUAUGUUUAUUAUUGCACAGAAGAGUUCUAGGGAGAUAUAUUUUUAAAUGUUUCCAGGCUAACACAGGAAAUGAAAGGUACCCCCUAAAAAUUUUAUUUUUUAAAGUUCUAAGUAUAUUGAUAAAGACAAAUGAGAGCUUUAACCCAUAUCUGUGUAUGUAUGUGUAAAGUUUAAGGAAGCGUGACCCUUGAACAGUGUGUUCAAAUUUAUUUUUUCAUCUCAUUUUGUAAGAAAAGGCAAUAGGGCUUCUUUCUUCAUCCUGCAUGACCUUUGCUCUCUUCAAGUAGAGAUGCCCGAGUAAGCGCAGGAAACCCUGGUGGGGGAGCAGGGGAGGGGCGCGGGCAAGCCCCCAAGGCAGAGCCUCCCCCAACGUGGGCUGGGGCUGUUGUUGACUGACUGCUGUCCACCCACAAGGGGAAGUGGAACCUCAAGAGAAACCGAUGCGUUGUUUAUUCCAGCCUCGGUUCCAUGCGGCCUUUAUUUCAGACAGCUCCCUUGUAGUGUGAGGCCCCGGCAUGGUGUUUUGCCUGUUAAAAUCAUCACAAGCAAUAAACCACCUUCACUGUGUAAAAAA